AUGGUUAAGGAGUUAGGCUAUGAUGGUAUAGUGUUAUAUCACUAUGAGCUUCCCAACUCUGCUUCUGUAGAGAAGCUUAUGUCUGAUGAAGAUGUUCUGAAAAUAUGUGAAUGUGUGCCAGGAGUAAGGGAGAUAGAUAUAUUUUUGACACAGUUGGCUGAUGACCCUUAUACCUUUUUAAAACACAAAGAGAUGGAACUACAAAUGGUGGAAGGUUCUAGGGUCCAAAAACAGAGGUCAGUCGUGAUUGAGGAUAUAGGAUGUGCUGAUUCUAUUCCUCUUGUUCCUUAUGUAAGGGUAAAGGCUACUGCAAAGGAUAAAACACUGAAGAUAGUGGAGCAAGAACCAGUGGAGGAUGUUGAGGAUUUUUCAGAACCUGAGGCACCAAAGAAUGUAAAGGGUAAAACAGUGGGUGAGGCAGCAAAGAAGGGAAAGGCUGCAAGGUGUAGUAUGGAUAAGGAAGUGGCUGACCCUGAGCCACCAAAGAGUGUAAGGGCUACAAGGUCUUCAAAGGGUAAAGAUGUGGCUGAACCUGAGGCACCAAAGAGGGCAAAGGCUACAAGGUCUUCAAAGGGUAAAGGUGUGGCAAUGGCAACUGCAACAUAUGGGGAAGAUAGUGAUGCAUCCUUAUCAGAUGCAUCUACUUUUGUUGACAGUGAGUGGGGGGGGGGGGGGGGGGGGGGGGAAGAGAUAGCUGAGGAAACCAUAUUUUUGCAACAGUGGAUUGCAGACCAUUCCCUAGUUGAAGAUACUUUUCAGCCUCUUGAAGAUGAAGAGAUAAAUGAGGGUGAAGGUGGUGCUGUAAAUGAGGGUGGUGUUGUUAAUGAGGGUGAAGGUCCAAGUGGGGACCAACCUUUACAUGCUGGUCCAAGUGGGGACCACCCUUCACAAGCUGGCCCAAGUAGGGAUCACCCUUCACAGACUGGUCAAAAUGAAGACCAACCUUCACAGACUGGUCAAAAUAGGGAGCAGCCUUCUCGGACUACGGAUUUUCACCACACAAAUCUUGAAGACACCAGAUUGAAAGAGGGGGAUCAAGCAGUGGAGGAUGAGUUAAGAAGUGUUCAUUCAUAUGAAGAUGAUGAAACAGUUGCAACGGAGAAAAAAUUCAAACACUACAACCAUGAAACAGACAAGCAAAAUCCUGUUUUUGAUACUGGAAUGAUAUUCGUGAAUAUUGCUUGUUGA